AUGGCGGCAUCCACCCUUCCACGGGAACUAUGCUUCCUUAUUGUCUCGUUUUGCGACGCUCUCCGGGACAUCAACGCCGUCGCUCAAACCAACAGACACUGGCACGACACGCUCAACUCGUAUCUGUACCACCAGGACGUCCGCCAACAUGGGAGCUACGCACUGGCUUGGGCGGCACGCGAGGGAAGAGACGAGACGGCUCGCAAGGCACUGGCGUCAGGCGCGAACAUCGCAUUGUCGCUGGAUCUGCGCGGAGGCCCUUUGCACCUGGCGGCCAUGUAUGGCCGCGAAGCGACGCUCAGAUUUCUCCUGGAGCAGGAAGGCGCCGACCCGGACGAGCGAUUGAUCCCGGGCGGUCGCACGCCCUUGUCAUACGCCGCCGAAUACGGCCACGCGGGAACCGUCGUGCUUCUGCUGGCGACGGGUGCCGUUGACCCGGACGCGACAAGCCUCCCGUUUCUGCGAACGCCACUGUCAUGCGCUGCAGAGCAGGGCCAUCUUGAAGUUGUUCAGCUACUGGUAGCCCACGGAAAUGUCGAGGUGGACUCGCAAAGCUUCCCGAAAAUGCGGACGCCGUUGGCGUACGCUGCGCGAUACGGCCAUCUCAAAGUUGUUCAGCUGCUGCUGACCCACGAACAUGUCAAGGUUGACACGCAAAGCUUGCCCGACAACUACACCCCGCUGUUCUGGGCUGCAGAUGGGUGUCACACUGAAGUGAUUCACGAACUGGUUGCCCACGGCGCUGACCAAACCGUGCAAAUCCGCCGUGGACGGGCACCGUUGUCAGCUGCGGCAGAAUUCGGCCACUUCGCUGCCGUUGAAGCACUGCUUGGUCAUGAAGGCAUAGAACCGGAUUUAAUCAUCCGGCAUGGUGAAUCGCCUCUGUGGUAUGCAUCGCGGAGCGGGGACGUGAGGAUCGUCAAACGCCUACUGGCGACGGGCCGCGUGAAUCCUCUCCGCCACAGUCCCUGGCAGCAAGGGAUGACACCGCUGUGUAUUGCAGCCGUGUGCGGGCACUUGGAGAUUCUCAAGUUGCUCCACGAGGCAGCAGCCAUGGAGGCGAGCCAGCAGGACCUACGGAAUGAGCUGAAUGCCGCCUUGAAAGGUGCCGCUCGAAAGGAUCGCUGGCCAUGCCUAAAAUACCUGAUUGCGACGGAGGAGAUUGAUAUAAACGUGCUUUGCUCGGACUAUCGCGGGCAGAGCAGGGUUCCACGGAGUGACGCCGACCCCAAGCUCAAGUGGUUUUUGUACCUCGGCAAUCACGUCCAAUCCAAACAUUUCGGCACCGUGGCCGAACUUCUCGCCAUUGAAGGUAUACGGCAAAGCGUCAUGACUGUGUUGCAGGCUUCGAGGUACCUGCCUCCACACAUGCGGAGCGAGGCACACGUGUACCUCGGGGAGCAGAUGCGUAAGCUCGAGGGGUGGGAGUGGUUCCAAUCACCACACAUACACACGGACGCCACUAGCGAGUCUGGCCUCUGCAUGUGGUCAUGGUCUGACCGUUUCUGA